AUGUCAGUAGCCGCCGAAGCCGUGGCCUGCUUGGCAGAGAAGAAGGUGACAGAACUCCGAGCAGCCCUUCUGCUGAACCAAAGGCACAUACGAAAUUGCCAGCAGCAAUCUCGCAGAGAAGCUGCCUCGCUGCUCAAAGGCGGCCUUUCUUGCCACUCUGAGCGAAAAGUUUUGGCCGUCUAUGCUUUGUCAAACUGGGAUUUGAGUUUGGCUCUGCGAGCGGCACAGCGGCUGUCCCGCGUGGCACCAUCAGCGGCAGAUGUGUUUCAUUACUAUGAGAACAAGGCGCUUCAGGUGGAACCUUGUGGACAGCCUCGCCGCAGGACUGUUAACAAAUGGGCUGCUCGUUGGCGGGCUCGGUGGGGUGUUCGCAGGGCAUGCCUGCGGUCAGCUGACACAGUGGAUCCCAGCAUUUUUUCCAGGGUGAAGGCGUUCUGGAGAUCCAUUGCCUAUGUGACCGAGAAAUUUGGCCACCAGGAACUGGUUUGGAUCAACUUCGAUGAAACUUCUGUUCCUUGCUGUCCACCAUGUCCGAAAGGUUGCGUGGUGAAUGACUGGAAGUCUUACCCCGUGCCAGGGGGUCCACAAAUGCCGGUCCCCAAAAGUCGGCGGAGGAUCGCCUACACAUACGGGGCCUUGCUUUGCAGUCAUCCGGGCAUUCAAGCGGUGCUUCCGCACUUCCUGGUUUGCAGCGAGAAGAGGCUUCCCCAGACUGUCGCCAAAGGUUUUGCAGCGCUGCCACCGACGAGGUUGCGGCUUCUUCGCAGAAAAUCUUCUUGGGUGACAACAGAUUGCAUGAUCCGAAUUUUGGCAGAUGUGAGAGAGGUUUUCAGCUUCUUUUUGUGCCAGCUUCCAGCACUGGCCUGCUACAGCGGUGAACCGCAGCAGCUUGAGUUUCUGUGGCAACUGGGUCAAGCUCCUCGAGAAUUUUUCGCCAGCAGACAAUGGGCCCACGCUUUCGAAAGCGUUGGGUGCGGGCGAGAUGUGACAAAGUUGCAUUCCGCCUUGCGAAAUUUCAUGCAGAAUCCAGUGUCCUUACCGCUUCCUGCCAAACCCACUCCGGCAGAGAUGGCUCUCAUUUGGCCUAAAAGGCGAAAGAUGAGCUAUGCGGAUGCAUGUUUGUUCUGA